CGGAAUGCGGUAUCCGGUAGAAAGUAACGGUACUUUUAUGGAAACGGAUCAGACGGCAGCCGGUUGGUUCACGGAACGGCGGAGACCCGAGAGUCGCUCUUCAGCCGUUUAACGGAGAAAAAGGAUUUAAAAAGACAGAAAAUUGAGCAGGUAAAGUUUUAAAGCCCCCGUUUGUCAACUUGUCUCUGUGGUCCAAACAUGGCCGAGGUGGUGCAGGUGGCGACUGUAGACGUCCUCCACACGGAGGAAACCGAACCCAAACAAGACCUGAGCGGAGCAGAAAACAAAGAGGACGAGGAUGAGGGGAUAAGUGCCGAGGAUAAAAGUGAGGAAACGUCGAGCACAGAAGAUGUGAAAAAGGAAGAAAUGGAAAAGGAGGCUCACGUUAACGGAGUUGAGCUGAAAGAAAAUGAGAAAAAGGAGAAAUCAGAAGCUGUGAAUGGAGUCGGAGCAAAGGAAGAAGAUACACAACCAGAGAUAAAUGAAGACGUGAACGUCUCGGACGUAACUCUUAAAAAAGAGAAACUCAUGCGGUCCAGAAAGCCGGUGGCCCGGAGCUACGUGCCGAAGCUGAACAAGGAGAAGGGCGACGUGACGGGGAAGUUCGAGGCGAUGCAGAAAGCCCGAGAGGAACGAAGCCGGCAGAGAAACAAGGAGGAGCAGCAGAAGAGGAAGGAGCAGUACAUCAAGGAGAGGGAGUGGAACCGCCGGAAGCAGCAGAUCAAGGAGCUGCUCGCCUCCAGCGAUGAGGAGGAGGAGGUGAAGCCGGCCAAGGUGGAGAAAUCCUACGUCCCUAAAAUCACAGGUAGCGUGAAGGGGAAGUUUGCAGAAAUGGAGAAGCAGCGACAAGAGGAGGAGAGGAAGAGGAUGGAGGGCGAGAGGAAGAAGAGGGAGGCCCAGGACAACAUGGAGAAGGCCAAGAUCAAGAAGGAGCUGGCUCAGAAGGCCGCCGAGGAGGGAGACGACACAAUCCUGGUCCGUGUGGUUCCGGCAAAGUCCUCCCGACCUCCGGGCAGAAUCAGGGUGAAUUUCGAGGACAUGGAGAAGAACCGAGAGGAGGAGCUGAAGAAGAAGGCCGAGGAGGAGAAGAAGAGGAGAUACGACGAAAACAGACGAUCCUUCAGGGAGGCCAAGAGGCACUCGGUGGUCGAACAGGACGAAGAGGAGAAGCCCUCAGAGAAGAUGCAGGUGACUCCUGGGAAGCUGAAGCUGACGUUUGAGGAGCUGGAGAAGGAACGACAGGAGCAGAGGAAAACGCAGGCCGAGGAGGAGGCCAAACGCCGGCUGCUGGAGGAGAAGAAGGCCUUCGAGGAGGCCAGGCUGGGAAUGGGAGAAGAUGAGGAAAACGAUCAGCCGGCUCAGGAGGACAAAGAGGAGCUUCGUCCAGGAAAGCUGAGGCUGAGCUUCGAGGAGCUCGAGAGACUAAGAGUCGAAGAAUUUCGUAAAAAAGCCGAAGAGGAAGCCAAGAGACGAAUGGAGGAGGAGAGAAGAGCCUUUGCUGAGGCCAGGAAGAGCAUGCUGGUGGACGACGACGAUGAGGUGCUGAUGGCUCUGCUGAACCUGGAGGGAAGCAAACCCGGGAAGAUUUGUGCCAGUUUUGAGGAUCUGGAGCGUCAGAGGAGGGAGGAGGAGCAGAAGAAGGCCGAGGAGGAGGCCAAGAGGAGGCUGGAGGAGGAGAAGAGGCUGUUCGCCGAGGCCCGGAAGAGUAUGGUGCUGGACGAGGAUGAAGAGAUGGUGAAGAGCGAGUCUCAGGAAGCUCUGCAUCCCAAAAAACUGGAGAUGAACUUUGAGGAGCUACUGAAGGAGAAGCAGGAAGCCGAGAGGAGGCACAAGGCGGAGGAGCGCAAGAAGAAGCUGGAGCAGGAGAAGCAGGAGUUUGAACAACUGCGACAAGAGAUGGGCGAGGAGGAAGUCAACGAAAGCUCCGACAUCGUCAGCAAAGAGUACCAGGAGCUGACCAAGCUGAAGAGAACCGGAUCCAUUCAGGCCAAAAACCUCAAGUCCAAGUUCGAGAAGAUCAAGCAGCUGACGGAGGAGGAGAUUCAGAAGAAGAUCGAGAUGGAACGAGCUCGGAGGAAGGCCAUUGACAACGAGAUUAAAGAGAGAGAAGCUGAGAGGUUCCAGGAGGAGGACGAGGACGGAGAAUCGACUCCGGCCAGAGCGGAGGAGUCUCCGUUCAAACAGAAGGUGGACAUGAAAGCCAGAUUCCAACAAAUGGCCAAAGCCCGAGAGGAGGAGGAGAGGAGGAGGAUCGAGGAGCAGAAGCUGCAGAGGAUGCAGUUUGAGCAGCAGGAGAUCGAUGCAGCGCUGCAGAAAAAGAAGGAUGAUGACGGCGAGGAGGAGGGCAGCAUCAUCAACGGCUCGGCGGCGUACGAAGACGAGGAGGACCAUGCCCGGUCGGGGGCUCCAUGGUUCAAAAAGCCCCUGAAGAACCAGUCGGUGGUGGAUUCCGAGCCCGUCCGGUUCACCGUCAAGAUCACCGGGGAACCGAAGCCAGAGGUGACCUGGUGGUUCGAGGGCGAGAUGCUGCAGGACUGCGAGGACUAUCAGUACAUCGAGCGAGGAGAGACGUACUGCCUCUACCUGCCCGAGACCUUCCCCGAGGACGAAGGAGAAUACAUGUGCAAAGCCGUGAACAGCCGAGGCACGGCGGCCAGCACCUGCAUCCUCACCAUAGAAACUUAUGACUACUGAUGUCCCUCCAUGUUCUGCGGAGUUCCCCUGUUGUCUCUCACUCCUUUUUGUAAAAGUUUGUCCCUCAUGGUAAUGGUCAAACACUUGGUGGGAAGAACAUAGCAGUAAGCUUGGCAUUCCUAAGGGAGGGAAACACAAAGACAAGACAACAUGUUGUUUACGUAUCGCUCAAGUGUAAAGCUGCUCCUCAUUAGGAUGAAUCUGUGCCAAAAACAGAAACCAUUCUUGUUCCAGAACCAUCAUCGCUGCAAGACCCGAUAAUAUUUGUGAAACCAGCAGUUUUUGUACAGCAUUGAACUGUACAUGUCUCGCUUUAUGGUCCAGAAAUUUUAUACUUGAGAUACAAAAAUGUGAAAGAUGACCCUGUGUAUUAAUUAAACAAACUAAAUAUGGCAAUUUUAGGUUCAGUUUGUGUCAUUUCAGAUAGUGUUUUUGCUGUACCAUGUCAGGUUUUGUUAUUUGGGACCCAAAACUAACUUCCAUACAAUAUCUUUGUUGAAUUUUGAGUUCUUUAUUUUCUUCCUUAAAAAAAAAGCCUAAAAAGCCAUUUUAGUGGUUCAAUAUCUCCAGAAAUAAAGCUCCCACAGGCAUGAAAUUUGGUGAGGACACUGACAAAAUAGUUUCUAGCAGAUUUAAAUGAUUAUAAGGAUUCAGCAGAGGUCAAAUUUCCAGUUAUUGGCACUUGAAAAUGGAUGUUUCCAUACCUUGUCAGUCUACACUUGCUGUCAAAAAAGACUGGGAAGCCAUUUCAAGGGUUCAGUAUUUUCAAAAAUAUAAUUCAUACAGUCAUGAAAUUUGGUAAGGAAACAGUUAAAAUUGUUUUUAGCAGAUUUAAAUGAUAAAAUGGAUCCAGCAGAGGUCAAAUUUCUAAUUAUUGGUGCUUGAAAAUGGAUGUUUCUAUACCUUGUUACUCAAUUUUCUCACUCAAAAAAGCCUGAAAAGUCAUUUUAAAUGUUCAAUAUCUUUAGAAAUAAAACUUCCAAAGACAUGAAUCUUGGUGAGGAUACAGACAGAAUAGUUCCGAGCAGAUUUAAAUGAUUAAAAGGAUCCAACAGAGGUCAUAUUUCCAGUAAAAUGGAUGCUUCCAUACCUUGUUAUUCUAUUUUCUCGCUCAUAAAAGGCAGGAAAGCCAUUUUAUCGGUUCAAUAUCUUCAAAAAUAUCACUCCUAUAGUCACAAAAGUUGGUGAGGACACAGACAGAAUAGUUUCUAGCAGAUUUAAAUGAUUAAAUGGAUCUAACAGAUAUCAAAUUUCCAAUUAUUGGUGCUUGAACUUAUCAAAAAGUGCAACUUUUCAUACUAGAGAGCCCAAGCCCUUUAAGUGUCUAUGUGGUUGCGUCUCGACUUCCUACUUAAAAUACAGUCUUUCUUUGACAUUUCACCAACUUUUGAGGUAUAACAUCAAAAGAAUUUGACAUGCGGCAAGUAUGACAAGACAAAUUUCCAGAUUUUUGCUAUUUUGACAAAAUGUUGAUGUGGACUCAUUGGUCAGAGACAGAAACUGGUGUCCAUAGGGGUCUAUAUGUUGGUUUUACAUGUGCAGAGUUACAAGCUGCUUUCAUGUUGUCCUUAUGUUGAACUUAAACAACAAUAUGAAGCUUAUUUUGCCUUUUUGGAUGUUCCAAUACAGGUCUGAAAAGAUAUGAAAUUCUCAAAAUUCAGCCCAAAUAUUUAACAGAAGUUAGUUUUGGGUCCCGAACAACUAGUAAAUACACUGAAAACUGGUGCAGCGACAUAUUUCCUGAUUUCUGUCUGAAAUGACCCAUGAAAAAAAUCAUGUUGAUCAGGUGUUCUCCUACUGAUAAAUAUCAUCAGCAUGUAGUUUUCUAUAAUCAGGAAUAUUAAUAUAUUGAGAAGUCGUCACUGAAGGGUCUGUUGAUAAUCUUGUUGAAAUGGCAGCCGCACAUUGCAGGAACAAAUCGAUCAGAACUCGUGUUUUCAUCCUGGUAUCUAUUUGCAGUAUAUAAAAAUAUGAAUGUUGAUUUUUUUUUCAUGCACCAAGGCCCCUUUUAUUUUUGUUCCUUUGAGUUAAAUGUCAUUGAUGUCAUCAUUCAGUUGUCCAGGACAACUGUUUUAUGGGUUGAUAAUGAAAAAAAAUGUAGGCUAGUUGGAAUAUUUGUCAUAUCUUAUAAAUAGAAAAAAAGUUUUAAUAAAAAGAACAAAAGUGA